AAGGGAAAUGGAUAGGUGUGAGAAGUUAUAAUAUAUUAAAAAGAAGAGAGAGAGAGAGAGAGAGAGCAAAGGCUAGAAUGGUGUGGGAUGAUGGGUGGAAUUGGAAUUGGAGGUGCAGAGAAUAAUUGAAAGUGAGAGUAAGAUGCAAUUGCUCUGCUCUCCUCUCUUUCUCAGCACAAAUACUUUCACUUCAAGUUACAGUGAUUGAUGGCUUCUGCUAGCCUUGGGAGUGGUGGAGUGGGGAGUUCCAGGUCCGUUAAUGGUGGCUUCAGGGGUUCAUCCAGUUCCGUCGAUUGGCUUGGCAGAGAGAUGCUUGAGAUGAGAUUGAGAGAUCACGAGGACGAUAGGGAUAGUGAGCCUGACAUCAUUGAUGGAGUGGGUGCGGAGACAGGACACGUGAUAAGAACCAGCAUUGGUGGCCGAAAUGGUCAAUCUAAGCAGAAUGUUAGUUAUAUUGCUGAACAUGUGGUUGGAACGGGCUCUUUUGGUGUUGUUUUUCAAGCAAAAUGUAGAGAGACGGGGGAGAUUGUAGCCAUCAAGAAGGUUCUCCAGGACAAGCGCUACAAGAAUAGAGAGUUACAAAUUAUGCAAAUGUUGGAUCAUCCAAAUAUUGUUGCCCUCAGGCAUUGUUUCUUUUCAACGACCGACAAAGAAGAACUUUACUUGAAUCUUGUGCUUGAAUAUGUUCCUGAAACGGUGAAUCGUAUUGCAAGGAACUAUAGCAGGAUUAACCAGCGAAUGCCUUUAAUAUAUGUAAAGCUUUAUACCUACCAGAUUUGCAGGGCCCUUGCUUAUAUCCAUAAUUGCAUUGGUAUAUGUCAUCGUGACAUCAAACCUCAGAACCUACUUGUGAACCCACACACUCAUCAGCUGAAACUAUGUGAUUUUGGGAGUGCAAAAGUAUUGGUGAAAGGAGAACCUAAUGUUUCUUACAUCUGUUCAAGAUACUAUCGUGCCCCGGAACUUAUAUUUGGGGCCACUGAAUAUACAACUGCCAUUGAUAUAUGGUCAACUGGCUGUGUAAUGGCUGAAUUACUUCUUGGGCAGCCCUUGUUUCCUGGAGAGAGUGGAGUUGAUCAACUAGUCGAAAUCAUCAAGGUUUUGGGAACUCCAACCAGGGAGGAGAUAAAGUGCAUGAAUCCAAAUUAUACUGAAUUUAAGUUUCCACAGAUAAAACCUCAUCCAUGGCACAAGGUCUUUCAGAAACGUUUACCCCCAGAAGCAGUGGACCUUGUCUGUAGGUUCUUUCAGUACUCUCCCAAUUUGAGAUGCACUGCAUUGGAAGCUUGCAUUCAUCCAUUCUUUGAUGAAUUGAGGGACCCAAACACCCGCCUUCCUAAUGGUCGCCCGCUUCCUCCACUGUUUAAUUUUAAACCUCAGGAACUUUCUGGUAUACCUCCUGAUGUGAUCAAUCGGCUUAUUCCGGAGCAUGCUCGUAAACAGAACUUAUUUAUGGCUUUGCACACCUAGCAUUUUCCCCUCACUUGUCGUCAUCUACUAGCAGGCUGUAAAUUAUCCGGUGCAUCUGAGACAACUCCACAGAAAGAGUUCCUAGGAUUAUAUUAUAUAUAGUACGAAAAGUUUUUUUUUUUUUUUUUUUGAAUUUAUUGUCAACGUUGUUGUUUUCUAUUCUUGCUCUGUAGACAACGUUUUCAUGUAUAUUUAUCUCGUACAUGUGCCAGCGGUUAUUCUAGGCCCUUUGUUACAAGUUGUAAGACGAUAGUAUUAGGUUAGACAAUAUAAGACAUGAUAGUAUAGUAUAAUUAAUAUACACUGUCUCAGUUUUUAUGCUAUACAUCGUUUGAUGUGUCUUGUAUGACUGAAUAAUUUAUCCUUGAUAGUAUUUGUUGUCC